CUGAUUGGAUAGAAACCCGGAAGCGUCACGCCGCAUCUCUGUGUGUGUCGCUAGCUUACUUUUGCCCUUGUGUUGGAAAGCAGUGUGUUUUCUUAUUAAACCCGUUUCCAGCGUUUGUGUUGCGGUUGAAGAAGAGCUGCUACUCAUCCUCGACAUGUCUCUUGCUGCGGAGGCUUUCGUCUCUCAGAUAGCAGCCGCAGAGCCGUGGCCGGAAAACGCGAUCCUCUACCAGCCUUUGAGGGAGGAUCAGAUCCUCCUGUCUGAUUGUGCAUCAUCUUUAGCAGUUCAGGCGUACCUCAGGAUGCUGGGGCUGCCGGUGCGAGUACAGUGCCGUGCUAAUGCUGAGUACAUGUCUCCUUCAGGGAAAGUUCCGUUCAUCCAUGUGGGGAAUCAGGUUGUUUCAGAGCUGGGGCCCAUCGUGCAGUUUACAAGAGCCAAGGGCCACUCUCUGAGUGACGGCCUGGACGACGUUCAGAGAGCAGAGAUGAAGGCUUACAUGGAGCUGGUCAACAACAUGCUGCUCACAGCGGAGUUAUAUAUUCAGUGGUGUGAUGAGAAUACAGCUGCAGAGAUCACAAGGCCGCGCUACAGCAGUCCGUACUCCUGGCCUCUGAAUCACAUUCUGGCUUAUCAGAAGCAGUGGGAGGUCCGGAGGAAGAUGAGCGCUAUCGGCUGGGCAGGAAAGACUCUGGAGCAGGUGUACGAGGAUGUCAGUCAGUGUUGUCAGGCUCUCUCACAGCGACUCGGAACCCAGCCUUUCUUCUUCAAUAAACAGCCGACCGAACUGGACGCGCUGGUUUUUGGUCACCUCUUCACAAUCCUGACCACGCGCCUCACCACCGACGAGCUCAGCGAGAAGAUCAAGUCCUACAGCAACCUGCUGUCCUUCUGCCGAAGAAUCGAACAGACUUAUUUUGAGUCGCAGGACAGAGACAGCCAAUUGGGGGCCUCAGAUUACUCCAAAGGCCCCUCCCUUAUGUGAGGCCCUGCCUCCCAGAUAUCCAUUUAACAGCUGAUCUGAAGUCAUGUGAGAAAGUGAUAUGAACGAUCCCGAGGGUUCGUAUCGUUACGAAUCGUGAAUGUCUAUUAUCACACACGAGGAUUAGUGAAAGAGAGGAGGAGGAAGUCAGAUCAGUUAGUGUUUAAAAAAAAAAAAUACUCCGACCUUCUUUCCACCUUGCUUGAUCACUACAUGAGCAGGUCUGAAUAUAUUAUAGAUAGAGACCGAAAUAUCUUAUUAGGUAUUAAACAAAUACGCUAUUCCUUUGGGGUUUGUCUACAAUUUAAACCAUAUGCUGUAAUUCAUUCUUUGAAGAGAUGUACAUACCUUGAAUUAAAGCUGACAUCAUGGA